CUGUGCUUAUUCAUCUCUUACUGCAACUCCAAUAACGUCACAUAUGUAACAGUACUCAGGUUUUCGUUUUUUAAGAAUUUUAUAUUAAAGUUUUCAGUUUCCAAUUCAUUUUCGAAAAUGGAAAUAUAUUUAAAUUUCUUACUACUCGUCGUGUCAAUCUUUGCGAGAACCGUGGCGUCCUACCAAUUGGAUCCCACGUGGCCACAUUCUUCCGUGAGGGAGAUGAAAGUUUACGGUUCUGGAAUUGUGCUAAAUUCAGAGGGGAAUUUAAUCGUACUUCACAGAAGUGGAAUAAUGGCACCCGGAGCGCCUGUAAAUCAGACCAUUGAGGAAGACGUUGUUCUUAUUGUGGAUUCUGUGACCGGAAAACUAUUACGGAGUUGGGGGAAAAGCUUGUUCGUUUGGCCACACGGUCUUGCGGUGACAGAUGAUGGAGAUAUUUUCAUAACGGAUUCAAGACUUCAUCAAGUUUUUAAGUUUAAAUACGACCCCCUCACAAAGACAUGGAACGAAGCCGCUAUUCUCAUCCUAGGACAAAGAUUUGUCCCAGGAAAGGAUGCCUCCCACUUUUGCACUCCUUCCGACAUUGCCCUUGUUCCCGGAAGUGGAGAUUUCUUCGUGUCUGAUGGUUACUGCAACAGUAGGAUUGUCAAGUUUGACAAGAAUGGGAAUUAUCUAUUUGAAUUUUCCGCCGGGUCGUACAACACCCCUUACAACCCAAUACCCUUUAACAUCACGCAUUCCGUUGGACUAGCGCCAAGUUCAAAUUCAUCCGAAUAUUUAGUCUUUGUAGCUGACAGAGACAAUUCUCGACUUCAAUGUUUCAAUUCUACCGGAGCGUUUUUGUAUGAAAUGAAUCACCAAGAGUUGGGAGCUUCCGGGAUGCCGAUGGUCUUCGCAGUGACGCACGCGCCCCAUCCAGACGCCAAGUUUGGACGGAUUUACGUAUCGUACGGGACGGAUGACACCGGGAGGGCAAAGUUUGUGGAGGUUGAGAUUAAUAGUGAAAGUGCUAAUGUGAUAAAGUCAUAUCCCAUAACGCCACUGGGAGAAGAUGUAAAUGGGUCUGAAGCCCCUCACGAUAUUGCCGUGGGAAAGGAUGGGAAUACCGUCUUCGUCGUGGUAUCAAGAACGGAUUUAGUGCUGAAAAGAUACACGAGGGAUGUGGGAGGGGGAAGUGGUCGAAGGGUGGGUGGAUACGUAUUAAUUUAUUUGUUGACUAUUGUUCUGGCAAAAUUGAAUUAAAGUCAUUAAAAAAUAUAUUUAUGAUGCAAAAUGUGUUCGUAUUUUCGUUUUUAAAGUUGUGAAAACUAGAAUUCUUUGAGUAUUUAGUACGUUUUCUGAUGAAUUUAGUGUUCUCGUGGAAUUAUACAAGAGAAAUAUUUUUAUUAAUAGUAAAGUACUUCGGAUCCUUAGUAUCAUCACAGCGCUGACCAUGAGCUUGUAUGUACAUGUAAAUAUAUCUAUGUAUUUACAUAUCUAAUUACUAAUUAUAAGAGCAAUUUCUCGAAACACUGACUACAAUGGAGUCGUAUAAUUGAAAU